AUGUUGGCGGAUGGCGGUUUAUCCGGGUUGUCCCAUCCUUUCAAGGUUGGGACGUUUUGUUUCCAGGAAAAACUUGGCGGGAGGGCAUCAAGCUUGAAUGCAGCCGGACUUCCGUACGAAAGUAACAGAGAUUACCAGUCGUAUCGCAGAGGACAUCCUUUCAGAAUACCUGACCGUCAACCGAACUCGUGGCCAGCAAGCAGCACCUCCGACUCACUCAGAUCCCCAAAUUAUCCGCCAGAUGACGUUGCUGGACGGCGACCGACCUUCAGAACAGUUUACGGAACUGGACACGGUUUCCCCCGAGAGCUUUUCGACAGUCGAACUUACAAGAAUCUGAGAAGCGCUCUGGGUCCGGCAAUUCCAUUGCGUGGCAACGCCUUGCGAACUCAAACAGGUAGCGAUGAAGACAAGGGCAGCAGUUCCGAAUUCACCGACGACCUCGCAAAUUUCGAUUUCGAUCGAUCCGCAGGACGACGAUACAGCACACUUGGACGUGGCCGUUUUUCCCGAAAAUAAGCUCAACUCCUCGUUACUUCACUUUGCCAAAAUUACUGUCACUUUCAAACUUUUCUUCGGAUUCAUAAUUGAACUUCUUCACGAGUUGUUGGACAUGAACGUUUCGAUGCGCAGAUUACAGAUGACAUCGAAAGAAGCGCGCCAAAAGCUAUUUCCAGUUGACAAGUUGAUGAACAUAAGGCGUUACAAAAAUGCGGGAGAAUAAAAGAUCAUUUUGUUUUUA